UUCCUUGAUCCAGGGCGAAGAUCUGUCUUCACAGCGGCAAUCGGACUAGAUCAUAACAAACAUCAAGUACGCAGCUGCUCUAUCAAGGAAUAUUAUCAUAUGACCGGAAGUACCAGAUACGCUGCAAAGCUGGAAAAGAAGAAAGCAGGCACACUUAAAAUGAUCGAAAGUGGUGUACCAACCGUCAAAACUUCUAUCAUCGAACAACAUGACCGUCAUGUACAAUAUAUGUUGCAGCACUUCGAAGCCUUGUUUUCUUUUUACGGCGAGAGAGCUGCUGAAGACAGAUUUCGUUUAUACCAGGGUCAGGAGCGUGCUGCCAACAACAUGGUCAAUUUGCUUAUUAAUGGAACCACAAAGUACAAUAAGCAAUUGAGGUUGAAGAAGAAGAAAGAUCGAAGCAAGUGGCCAAAGAAGAAUACCGACAGAAUGGCCUUUUGUAAACGUAAAAAGAAGAAGAAAAAGAAGCAAAAGGUUCCAGAAGAGAGGAAAGAAGCAGAUGCGAGAGAAAAAAAUUGAUAGGAUUCAUGCUUUCUACAGCAAUUCCCUGAAGAACAAGUGGAAGCCUGAACCCUUUAGUGUAGGCGACACUAAGAAGAU